AUCUGUCAUCGCUAACACAGCCUUGCGUCAAAUUAUUAAAAACAAAACGAAUUUCGGCACAAAAAAUGAAGAUAAAACUAAUCGAUUCGGUGGUGCGCAGCUUUAAGGUGGCGAAGAUCUUCCGAGAAAAUACUGACAAGAUCAACGCCAUAGACUUUGCGCCCAACGGGGAGCACCUAAUCUCGUGCAGCGAGGAUGACCAGAUCGUGAUCUAUGAUUGCGAAAAGGGAACGCAGUCGCGCACGGUAAACUCGAAGAAGUACGGCGUGGAUCUAAUUCACUUCACGCACGCCAACAACACGGCCAUCCACAGCUCCACUAAGGUGGACGACACCAUCCGAUAUCUGAGCCUACACGACAACAAAUACUUGCGUUAUUUCCCUGGACACACCAAAAAGGUAAUCUCAUUAUGCAUCUCGCCAGUGGAGGACACAUUUCUCUCUGGCUCACUGGACAAGACGCUGCGACUGUGGGACUUGCGUUCGCCCAACUGUCAAGGAUUGAUGCACCUAUCUGGACGACCUAUAGCCGCCUAUGAUCCGGAGGGAUUAAUUUUUGCCGCCGGCGUCAACUCAGAGAGCAUUAAACUCUAUGACCUGCGCUCUUUCGACAAGGGGCCCUUCGUCACCUUCAAGCUUAACCAGGAGAAGGAGUGCGACUGGACAGGACUGAAGUUUUCUCGAGACGGUAAAACCAUCCUAAUCAGCACGAACGGAUCGGUCAUCCGACUGGUUGAUGCUUUCCACGGCACUCCACUGCAGACAUUCACAGGCUAUCCUAACAACAAGGGGAUCGCCAUCGAGGCAAGCUUCAGUCCGGACUCGCAAUUCAUCUUUUCAGGCAGCACCGAUGGGCGCGUGCACAUAUGGAACGCCGAUACGGGCAACAAGGUCUCGGUGCUGAAUGGGGACCACCCGGGGCCGGUACAGUGCGUCCAAUUUAAUCCGAAAUACAUGAUGCUGGCCUCUGCCUGCACCAACAUGGCUUUCUGGUUGCCCACAUCCGAGGAGGGCGUGUAGUCAAUGUUUUACGCAUGCGUAGCUCAUAAGAUUAAAGUUUAGUUUAUAAAUAACAAUUCAAAAUAACAUAAA